CAUGAUUGCUGAAGUAGUUGGAAAGGAAGAUCAAAGGGAUUUGGUUACCAGUACAGGCAAGGAAACCAAACGUAUGGCUGUUGUGUUAGAAGACUUAGAGAACAACAGGAUUGGGUGUACUUUGUUCGGGGAGAUGGUGGAUCAAAUCCGACCACACCUUGAAGAAGGAAGUGUGGAACCCCUUAUUGUUGUGCUGCAAUUAUUCAAAGCAUCCCAGUGGAACGGCAAAACCACUGUUCAGAGUCACUUUUACAUCUCCAAGAUCCACAUUGAGAGGGAUUUAAAAGAGGUGGUUUGUUUUAGGAACAGGUUUGUUUUUUUAAACUUUAACCAGUUUAUAUCCAACACAUUUAAAGAGAGUCAAAAGUUUGAGAAGUUCAAUAUUUCAUUGAAUUGUGUAGGCUCCUGAGUGGUGCACCACUAAACUCAAUUAGGAUUAGUCAACUUUUAUCUCAGGGAGCUUGAUAUGCAGCUGAUGAACUGAAGCAGGGGUCUGUUGGAGUGAAGACCAUCGA